AUGUUUCCGAGCCCGUGUUCUAGUGCUCAUCGAAUGAAAGUCCCGGCCGUCAAAGACUCCCUGACCGGCCGCGGCGCCAUUCCUUUCCAGGUUGCUGCCCAGGCUUCCAGUGCCCGUCUACCGGACCGGGUCCACAGCUUCGUGCAAGUCAUCGCCUUUCCUAAGAUGAGCCAGCUGGAUAGGUCUAGACUCAUCUAUCAGACAGAGAUGUAUUCGUGGUGUCCACAUACAUGGCCCCAAGUUCAGGAUACAGACGAAACUGAGAUAGAGAAAUGCGAUGCCAAAAAGGAUUUCUCCUUUGCCGUGUGCCGGCGUCGAACCCCCAAGUCCCUCCACGCGCUUUUGGACUUGCGCGCCCUCACAUGUAGAGGCAUGUGUUUACGGGUAUUUGUUAAGCACCUCUAUAACCACCAGGCCAUGCGUCACGGCCCGGUGGCUGUUGGUGAAUGGCGCGUCAGCGUUGUCUAUAUAGUUUGUGACGCUGUUGCCUUGGUCGUCUGGCAGGAAAGAGCGGUUGCCAGGCAGCCAGCCGACUUGGUGCUGGCUGAGGCUCCUCAGCAACCACCACGCCAUCUUGGUCUAUGCAUGUACUAUUCAUGCGGAUUGGGACAUGAGACACUCAACUUGCACGCUGCCAAAGUCUCUGCUCUGCUUUAA